GCUACUCUUAGUGAAAGAAAUAAUGAAAUUUGAAAAUCAUGAUGAUGUGAAAAAACAUGAUGUGUUCUAGUUAAUCUAUCGACUGUCAUUAUCAGCGUCUUGCGUCAUUCAUUAAAAUAGUCCUUCGAGAAUCCGACUGCAUAAAUACAAAAUCACCAGUUUAUGUAAUGGCAGACUGUUUGGACCAGGUUGUAAUGAUUGACUGCCAUUGUCACUUAGCAGACAAGGAUUUCUUCCAGGACAUUGAUAAGGUGAUUGAAGAUGCACAGAAGGCAGGUGUGAAAGCAGCCCUGGUGUGCGCAACCGCUGUUGGUGAAUUUUCUCGAGUGAUUGAGCUUGCAGACAGGUUUCCUGAUUUUGUGCUGCCGUGUCUGGGUGUUCAUCCUGUACAGGGAGCAUUGACAGGGGAACAGAGAUGUGUCACUCUGCAGGAUCUUGAGGAGGCCGUACCCCUUAUAGAGAAGUAUAAGGACAGACUUGGAGCUAUAGGAGAGAUAGGCCUUGACUUCCAACCCCGGAUCACUCCGACAGCUGAAGACAAGGAUGUACAGAGAUCUGUGCUGACUCAGCAGAUUGAGAUCGCCAAGAAAUACAGCCUACCUAUAAAUGUUCAUUCACGAUCUGCAGGGAGACCUACCAUUGCUUUACUAAAGGAGCUGGGUGUAAAGAAUGCCUUGUUGCAUGCAUUUGAUGGCAACCCGAAAUAUGCCAUGGAAGGUGUCCGUGAAGGCUACUUCUUUUCGAUUCCCCCAUCCAUUGUACGCAGUGAACAGAAGCAGAAGCUCGUAAAAGCGUUACCAGUGGACAAUCUGCUCCUGGAGACAGACUCCCCUGCCCUUGGACCAGAGAAACAGGUUCGGAACGUGCCCAGUAACCUGAGCGUCUCAUGCAGCUAUAUUGCCGAGGUUAAACAACUACCGACCAAUCAGCUGGCCAGGAUCACCACACAGAAUGCCAUCAAACUUUUCCCCAAACUUGCUAAAUACAUAAAGAGAUGAUACUUUC